AUGUUUGACAAUCUUACACCUCCGGCGAAACAUGCUAGACAUGGUUUUAUUGGUCGUUACUUUUAUGUUGCUAUUUCAGCCGUCUUAGGGUUCGGAUUUGUUACUGUCUUGCUUAUCCUGGCAAUUAUUUACUAUUGGUAUCAUGUAAUUAUCGGGAAAGAAAAGUUUCUGAAAAAAGCCGAUGAAACGGUUACUUAUCCAGAUAUCAAGAGUAUGAAACGUACAUCGGAUUUGAGGUACUAUGCAUUGGCAAUGAAAUUGGACUUGCAGGAAUACAGAAUUACGACUGAAGAUGGGUACAUUUUAACAUUACACCGUUUAAUCGACCCUAACGAAACAGACCUAGAGAGACAGAACCGGAAGCCAGUUUUAUUGCAGCAUGGGUUACUUUCAUGUUCUGGAUCUUACGUCACUUCUGGUUUUCAUUCAUUAGCAUAUCACAUUUUGACUUCCGGAUAUGAUGUUUGGUUAGGUAAUAAUAGAUCGUGGUUUGAAGCUAAGCAUGCGUUCUAUGAAGGUGAUUUAAUGCACAGCGAAGAAUACUGGGAUUGGGAUAUAAGAGAGUUAGCAUAUUAUGAUUUGCCUUGUAUUAUUGACAAUGUUUUGGCUCAUAAACCUCAACACCAGAAAUUAGCAAUUGUUGGACAUUCACAAGGAUGUACGCAAACAUUCUUGAUGUUGAAAAACGGUAAUUUAGCGAAUUAUCAUAAUAAGGUUGAAGUGUUUUUCCAGUUGGCUCCAGCUAUUUUUCCAGGUCCAUUAUUCCACAAAAGAGCGUUCAUAAAAUUUAUGCAUCAUAGAAGUAAAUUGGGCUAUAAAUUGUUUUUUGGAUGUUGCUCUUUCUUGAGAGUUUUGACUAUUACUCGUAAUCAGUUAUGUACUACAAGAUUUUUCGGAUCAGUGUCGUAUGUUAUGUUCAAGUUCUUAUUUGGUUGGAGCGGAGGCUUAUGGAACUCAAAUAAUAAGCUUCGUCAUUUUCACUUUAUCUUCAACGUCUCUCGUGUUUCUUCUAAAUUGAUGUCUUGGUGGCUAAGCGAAUGGGUUCAAGAAGGUUUCUCAAAUCAAUUACAAUCUAAAGAGUCGUAUAAAUCUGGUGAAAAUUUUAGCUUCACUCCCGUCAAUUCAACCAAUGAAGUACGUGGCAAACAAGCCGAAGAAAAUGACUCAAAGACGUACUUUCCGUAUAAAGAACAGUGGUUUGGAUUAGAGGAAAAAAGUAUCAUUGUACCUAUGGUAAUCUUCCCUGGCCUUGAAGAUUAUUUGGUCGAUGGUAAAAGAUUAGCCACACAUAUGAGACACUAUGAGCGUAACGUUUACAAAGAAGGCCAUAAUUUAGAUAUUCACGAGUUACCAGCAUACGACCACUUGGAUGUUAUAUGGGCAGAUAAUGUUAAUGAUGUGAUUGGUAUUAAAAUUACAGAAAAAUUGAACCAAAUUGGAAAUACUUCCAAAAGUACAUCAGAAGAUGAAGCGGCUAUUCACAAUGAAACUGAAGCUCUCAAGGAAUCCGAUUCAGUUGGGACUCAAGCUUCUGUUUUACCUUCUUCUUCUCCACUUCAGGCAGGACCAUCUGGUCAGUAG